AUGGGUGCUUAUUGUGCUCCUGGAAUGGGUGCUAUCAGUGGUGCUAGAAUGGGCGCUUAUGGUAGUACCUUCGUUGGCGGCAUGGAUCCAUGUUCUUUAGUUCGUUCACCAGCUAUAGCAUGUAAUUUUCAAGUGCCUCUGGCAAUACAAUGUCCUCCAUUGACUAAUAGCCAUAAGGUCCCAUAUCCAGUAGCCGUACCUUUUCCACAACCUUGCCCUGUUCCAGUUCCUGUACGCGAAUAUAUACCUGUGCAACAACCUUGUCCCGUUCCUGUACCAGUUCCAGUUCAGUCGAUUCAAGUACAACAUGUACCUGUAUCUGUUCCGCAGCCAUGCCCCGUACCAGUUCCUAUACCCGUCGAACGUGUAGUUGAUCGACCAAUCUGUAUUCCUGUUCCUCAACCAGUUCCACAACCGUGUCCUGUGCCAGUGCCGCAACCUUGUCCAGUUCCUGUCUUUGUUCCUGGUCCGACCCAACGUGUGCCUGUGCCUGUCCCUCAACCAUGUCCUGUGCCAGUGCCGCAACCUUAUCCAGUUCCUGUCCAUGUUCCUGGUCCAACUCAAUGUGUGCCUGUACCUGUCCCUCAACCGUGUCCAGUUCCUGUCUAUGUUCCUGGUCCAACUCAAUAUGUGCGUGUAGCUGUCCCUCAACCGUGUCCUGUGCCUGUGCCGCAACCUUGUCCAGUGCCUAUCCCUGUCCCUGGUCCGAUCCAACGUGUGCCUGUACCUGUCCCUCAACCAUGUCCUGUGCCUGUGCCACAACCUUGCCCAGUUCCUGUCCCUGUUCCUGGUCCAACUAAAUAUGUGCGUAUACCUGUCCCUCAACCGUGUCCUGUGCCAGUGCCGCAACCUUGUCCAGUUCCUGUCCCUGUUCCUGGUCCGAUCCAACGUGUGCCUGUACCUGUACCUGUACCUGUACCUGUUCCUGGUCCGAUCCAACGUGUGCUUGUACAUGUACCUGUUCCUGUCCCUCAACCAUGUCCUGUGCCAGUACCACAACCUUGUCCAGUUCCUGUCCCAGUCCCUGCUCCUCCCUCUGGUCGUUUAGGUUGUAGGAUCUGUUGUCUACCCAUUUGUUGUUGUGUAAUGCCAACAGUCAAUGGAUGUUAUCCGUACAUGAAUAAUCCUUAUACACAAACUAUUGGUUAUCGACCUACACUUGGUUCUGCUGGUAUACUAUCACCUCGCACCGUAUAUAUUUGA